GUCAGUGAGCUGCAAAAAGCCUUGCCUAUCCGGUCUGGUCAGAAGAGCAACUUGCUGCAGGGAUAUAUAGCAUUCAGCCUUGGUUACCAGCUUCAACAGACAAUGUCUGCAGUGGGCAGAAUUCAGAACGUUUUCCAAGGCAAGAGGCAAACUCAUAGCCGGAAACAUGAGCCGCAAAAACAAAAUCAAGAACUUAAAAGAGACGCCUGGAUCAGCUCAUCUUGGGAGACACCUGCCCCAGGAGCCUAUGAUAUACGGGAUUUUCUACAAGAGAGACAACUUAAUCCCAUACAACCAACCUUUAGUUUCAAAUGCCAAGGCAGGACAAAAAGGCCAAACCCUGUAGGCUCUGGAGAAAAGCUAUUGCCAGGGUGCUACAACUUCCCAGAUUUAGCGUAUUUCGUUGAAAGGCUUCCAAAUACCUACUCAUUUAGGAACACCAGAAGGAACACCCUGUUACUUGGCAUCAGGGAUAAGGAUCUACACACAGACCCAGGCAAAUAUAAUGUCAUUCACCCUUCUUCAGAGCCUUGUGAAUGCAAAAAUUUUAUGUUCCGUUCAGCAGUGAAGAGGUUUCCAUCUAGUUUUUUGGUUCCUAGAGAAGGUCCUGGGCCUGGAGAUUACGAGGUGAAAAGUAACCCUUCUCGUGGCAUAUCAUCGUGUUUCAGGUCUAAGGUCCCCAGAUUUCCCCGUGCCCACAUCUCAAAAACUCCGGGACCUGGAACAUAUGAACCAAUCCGACAGUUCCCGAAACAAACACCCACAGUUGCAAAAAUGGGUCGCCUGCACGGCAUUUUCUUCUCCAGUUCAUUUGACUUGUAAAUCGCAGAAAACAAAGAAGGCUUAGCUGUUUUUCAGCCUCCACGAAAUGCUCCCAGAUUAUAGAUACCCUAAAAAAGAGCAAUUUGAUAUCCACGGACAAUGCAACUGCAAUGCAUAGUGCCUUGUUUGUUGGUUUAUCCAAAGUUGUCUUUAGUCCUGCUGCUUUGCAGAAGAAGGCUGCUGAGUUUGACAUAUUUAUAAGUUCUCUCAGUCUAGGUAUUGGUACUCAACUUUCCUCCCACAUUCCAAAAACAUACAGGAAGUUAAUUGGCACCUAAUAAAACUGACCCUAGAGCAGUGAUCUCCAA